UGUUGAAAAGAGUCGGCACAGAACCCAUUGUGGUGUGUUGAAGAGGAGUGAGCGGCUGUCUGAGAGAAGGAGAAAAGAAGAAAUUGUGUGAGCACAAAGAGGACUAUUAAAAGGGGGACAAAAAUGAACGUUUGUACACGACACGUCUGCUGCUGCCCCCUGUGAAGAGGGACCUUUACGUCCAAUCGGAAAAAAAAGAUCCGGAAAUUGAAGAGUUAAGAGCCCCCACAAAGCCAAGUGUUUAUUUCAGCAGCUAGCAGGCUAGCUCUUCAGCUAGAUGUGUGUAACUGAGCUGAAAACUGGAAGUCCGUGUGGAGUCGUCGAGCUCUGGAGAAACGGCUUUUCCGUGAAGAGAUAAGCGUUGGCUAAGAUUUUUUUUUUUUUUUUUUUUUUUUUUUUUUAAAGCACCGUACGCUCGACUCGAAAGUAGGCGCAACUUUAAAGAAUGAUACCAGCUGAGUGAGCUCUGACCAUUUCACUAUUACUUCACAGCCAGAAGAGUGGAGAAGUCUGUCAGAACUGCUGGCUCCCAGACUCCAGGAAGAGAAAACAUGACGCACUCACCACUGCCAGAGAGCGGCAGUGGGCAGAUGUGCCAACCGUGCCCCCGCCUGCAGCUUUAGAAAUUUCCACUGCACUAUGACAGAUAAUCAUUAAGGUUUAUUCCCUGACAUUUGACUCGAUACCCUUCCUGCUUCCCCAUCCCUUGGUACCCAACCAUCCCCACCCGUUCCCAACAUGCUGCGGUUCCUGCCUCUCAAACUGGGCCGACUGUACCGCUGUCUGAAGCUGCUGUUAGUGCUGGGUUUGUCUGUCAUCUUGUUGAUGAACACUCACAACCUGUUCGCCUCCUUUCAGAAGAAUGAGCUGACUGACAGACGAUUCAUUAACCUCAACAAGUGUCCCGCCUGCUUCGGCACCAGCUGGUGCCGCAAGUUCAUGAACGGUCAGGUUUCCUUUGAGACCUGGGGUCGCCUGAGGUUUCUAGACGUCUUCAAUGUCAAAAAUGUUUACUUCGCGCAGUACGGAGAGCCCAGGGAGGGAACGCGACGUGUGGUGCUCAAGCGGCUUGGCUCCAACCAGGAGCUGGCCGAAAUAGACCAGAAAAUCUGCAAGAGGGCAACAGGCAGACCUCGCUGUGACCUCAUCCAGGCCAUGUACAAGACUGAGUUUGCCCGGAUCAACGGGGAUGUUCGCUUGCUCACCCCAGGCGUGGUGGAGGGCUGGUCGGACCUGGUGCAUUGUCCCUCACAGAGGUUGUUGGACCGUGUGGUCCGAAGAUAUGCUGAAACUAAAGACUCGGGCAGCUUCCUGCUAAAGAACUUGAAAGACACGGAGAGAAUGCAGCUGUUGAUGACUUUGGCAUUCAACCCAGAACCACUUGUACUGCAGAGCUUUCCAUCGGAUGAAGGGUGGCCGUUCGCCAAGUACCUGGGAGCGUGUGGGCGCAUGGUAGCUGUCAACUACGUGGGCGAGGAGCUGUGGAGCUUCUACAAUGCGCCGUGGGAGAAGAGGGUUGACCUGGCGCGGCAGCUGAUGGACAUUGCCGAGCAGCUCACCAACAAUGACUUUGACUUUGCCCUGUACCUGCUGGAUGUCAGUUUUGAUAACUUUGCAGUCGGCCCUCGGGACGGAAAAGUCAUCAUAGUCGACGCCGAAAACGUCCUGGUAGCAGACAAAAGACAGAUAAAGCAAGACAAGCCGGAGAACUACGACGUGUGGUAUGAGAGCCGCUUCGAGGAGUGCGACAGGGAGGCCUGCCUUUCUUUCUCCAAGGAGGCCCUCUGUUCCCGGGUCACUGUGGACCACAACUAUUAUGCCGUGUGCCAGAACUUACUGUCGCAGUACGCCACGUGGCGGGGAACCACCGGCGGCCUCCUUCACGACCCGCCCGCUCACAUAGCCAAAGAUGGACAACUUGAGGCUUUGUUGGAUGAGUGCACCAAACCUAAAAAGCGCUACGGCCGCUUCCAGGCGGCCAAGGAACUGCGUGAAUACCUCACACGAUUAUCUGCCGCGUCCUCCUCUGCCAUGGCAAGGUAAUGCAUGGGGUCGGCAUUAGCCCGACGCUUUGAGACAUGAUUUUGUACUCUUUAUCGCUGGACUCGAGCUAUCGGUUCUUGUUCAUGAUGUCAUUUGCUCCCUUUGCGCAUUGGAGCAAGAAAAAGGUGUUCAAAUCAACUUUGUUAAAGCCCUAGCUUUUACCAUGACUUUUCUGCUUUGUUUAAGAGGAUUGUGGCACUG